AUGCUUCCAGAGGAGAAGAUCCUCGACUACGCAAAGACUCAUCCAAACGACCCGGAGCCCUUCUAUGUCACAUACGCAAUAAACGAUAAGGACAACCCGCGAAACUGGCCAAAUUGGAAAAGAUGGUACAUUACUUGCUUUGUGAGCUUGCUCAACGUUCUCACAUGCCUUUGCGCAGGCGGUUACAGCUCCGGACAGGAUGACCUCAUUGAGGAGUUUCACGUAUCCGCCGAGGUCGGCACCGUGGGCUUGUCGAUGUACAUUCUCGGUUUCGCAAUCGGGCCUCUAAUGCUCGCACCGCUUUCCGAAUACUUCGGCCGCAACCCGAUAUACGUCGUGUCGUGGGGACUUCUCGUUAUAUUUCAGAUCCCUCUGGCGCUGGCUCCAAACAUCGGGACUGUCAUCGUGUGCCGUCUGAUCCAAGGUUUCUUUGGUAGUGCGCCUUUGACCAACACCGGGGGGACAGUCAGUGACCUAUGGGGACGGAACGAGUGUGGCAACGCCAUGGCAAUCUAUGGGCUAAGCAGCACUUUCGGCCCACCAAUGGCGCUCGUUAUCAGCGGGUAUAUUGCGCUUGAGAAAGGCUGGCGGUGGCUCUUCUGGUGCUACCUGGCUAUCUUUGGCGGUAUCUGGAUAAUCCUUGUCCUCACCAUACCCGAAACGCGCCACACUACCAUCCUUGAGAGGAAGACGAAGCGCCUGCGCAAGCGGCUGCAGCAAGAAAGCCUUGCCGCAGCAAGCAACCUGCACGACGCCAACGCCAGCGAAAAGAAAAACCUACACACGCUCUUUGCGAUCACGUUGACACGGCCUUUCCGUUUCCUCUUGACGGAACCCAUAACGUUUUUCGCGGCCGCUUAUAACGGGUUUAUUUAUGGCAUUGUAUACCUUCUCAAUGAAGCCUUCCCGUUGGUGUUUGGGCCCACUGGCCACGGCUUCAAUACCGGCGAGUGGGGUCUUUCGUUCCUCGGCCUUGCGAUAGGAUCUUUGGUCGCUGCGUGCUUCCAUCCCCUCCAGGAGCGAUACUACCUCAAGCGCGUGGCAGCCAACGACGGGCACGGCGUGCCGGAGGCACGCAUGUGGCUCGCACGCAUCGGGACAUUCCUGCUCCCAAUCUCGCUCUUCUGGUUCGCAUGGACGUCCUACCCCAGCGUACACUGGAUCGUGCCAAUAAUCGCGUCGAGCUUCUUCGGCGCGGGCAUCUACAUCAUCAUCCUGGCCAUCCUCAACUACGUCGUCGACGCAUACCAGACGUACUCGGCGUCGGCGCUGGCGGGCGUGAUCCUCGUACGCAACCUCGUCGGCGCAGGCUUCCCGCUCUUCGCCAAGCAGAUGUACCUGUAUCUGGGCUUGGAGUGGGCCAGCUCGUUGCUCGCGUUUCUGAGCCUCCUCAUGCUGCCCAUCCCGUUUGUGUUCUUUUAUUGGGGCGAGAAGAUUCGGCUUAAGAGUCCGUGGGCGAGAGAACAUUUUGCUCAGGAUGAGGAUAAGCCGCAUUAG